UCUUGGUCAUUGUAAAAGACGGAAGUGUCUGCUUGAGCAGUUUUGCUUUAUUGUUUAAAGGUCAGGAGUGAUGUGAAACACGUCACGUGACAGCCGUGGAAUAUGGCAGCCUCCUUGCUGCCGGAGGAUGUGAUUGAUACUGGGGAAAAAGAUGAUUCCGAUUUGAGAAGUGUGCUGGUUACUAGUGUGCUAAACCUAGAGCAGCUGGAUGUGGACCUCUUCAGAGGUUCUCACCAUUGGGUACCAGCCACACAAAGACUCUUUGGGGGACAGAUUGUGGGACAGGCUCUAGUGGCAGCAGCGAGAUCUGUGAGUGAGGAUGUCUAUGUCCAUUCCUUGCACUGCUACUUUGUACGAGCAGGAGACCCCAAGAUUCCUGUUCUGUACCAGGUGGAUCGUACCAGGGAUGGUCGCAGCUUUAAUGUGCGCUCAGUUAAGGCUAUACAGCAUGGGAUGCCAAUUUUAACUUGUCAGGCCUCAUUCCAGCGUGUCCAGGAUAGUCCACUCCAUCAUCAAUUUACCAUGCCAACUGUUCCCCCGCCAGAGGAUCUUCUUACCGGAGAAGAGCUUAUACACAAGUAUUUAAGAGAUCCUUCACUUGUGGAUAAGCACAGGCUGGGUCUGAACAAAAUCUUGGCGCAGGAGGUUCCAAUCCAAAUCAAACCAAUUAACCCUCCAGACAUGUUUCAUCGUCAGCCACAGGAACCAAAACAGAUGUUCUGGGUGCGAGCAAAGGGGCUCAUUGGUCCAGGCGACAUGAGAUUGCACUGUUGUGUAGCUGCCUAUAUUUCAGAUUAUUCCUUCCUCGGAACAGCAUUGCUUCCCCAUCUGCAGCUACGCACUCGAUUCAUGGCAUCUCUCGAUCAUUCCAUGUGGUUUCAUGCACCAUUUAGGGCUGACGAAUGGAUGCUGUAUGAGUGCGAGAGCCACUGGGCUGGGAAUUGUCGUGGCUUGGUGCAUGGACGUUUGUGGCGAAGGGAUGGAGUCCUGGCUGUAACAUGUGCACAGGAAGGUGUUAUCCGGGUGCAACAGGAUCCUCCUCGGAGCAAGCUUUGAGCACAAUCAACAUGAUCUCCUUACGCUGUGCUAAAAAGGACUAAGUAAUUAGAUGCUGCAAUUAUGAUUGAUACAGUGUAUAAUGGACUGCAGUAAUUGGCAUGAAGUUUAAUUCAGCUUGUAAAUAAUCAAUUAUUAAUUAAACAAAGAAUAUUUUCUAACAA